GCUGUAAUGUCUACAGACGUGUCUUGCUGCAUUUGGAAAAUAUUUGCUUCAAGUUAUUACAGCAACCAUAAUCUCUUCGUGGGCUAGAAAUGGCUGCAAUAUAUAACUAUUCCUUAACAGUGUACAAAUGAAUAUAUUUCCCUGAAGAAUACUUUUGGAAUCACUGCCUUUUGAUGCCAUGUAGCCGUGCCAUAAUUCUUCAGAAUUUCAUCUCUUGGCAAAAGUGAAUCCUUCUUCCCCAGCUUUCUAGUCCAAGUGCUUGAGAGUUGACAGAAAGUAAAUGGCUCCCAUUCCUCCAGGAAUUCGACUCCUGUUUUCAUUUACAAGAGAUCAAUGGUACAAGGCCUUCACGUUUGUCCUGACUUUCCUGCUGUAUACCAGCUAUCACCUCUCCAGGAAACCCAUUAGCAUUGUCAAGGGGGAGUUGCACAAGAACUGUCGCCCCUCCACGGAAGAGGAUGUGCCCCUUGUCCAGAAGGCCUCUCUCCAAAACAGUGUAUCUUGUGGCUGGAAGCCCUUCGACAACUCCAACUAUAAUGAGUUACUGGGAGCAAUGGAUUAUUCUUUUCUCUGUGCCUAUGCUGUUGCAAUGUACUUCAGUGGGAUAAUCGGAGAACGGCUGCCCAUCAGGUUUUACCUUACAUUUGGAAUGCUGGCCAGUGGUUUCUUCACCAGUCUUUUUGGCCUGGGGUAUUUUCUCAAUGUCCACAGCCUGUGGUUUUACAUCAUGGUUCAGGUCUUGAAUGGCAUAGUUCAAACAUCUGGGUGGCCCAGUUUAGUAACCUGCAUUGGUAAUUGGUUUGGGAAAGGAAGAAGAGGUCUGGUUAUGGGAAUCUGGAACUGUCACACAUCCAUUGGUAACAUUUUGGGGUCCUUAAUUGCUGGCUGCUGGGUGUCCACCCACUGGGGGCUGUCCUUUGUGGUGCCUGGCAUAAUCAUCGCAGUGAUGGGAAUUGUCUGCUUUUUGUUUCUCAUAGAACAUCCUGAUGAUUUGAAGUCCAUUUCCAUGGAGUCCAGUAAGUGGAAGAAAACCGUGAAUAGAUUGAACGGGCUCACACACACAGAAAGUUACAUACAGCAUAAGGAAGGCAGUAAAGGAGAGAAUCCUGAGACAGCUUUGCUGAUCCCAGAGGAGGGAAAUGGCUACAUUCCUGUGCAUCAGAUUGUAGUGGUGAAAAGUGAUGCUGAGGUGACAGCCAUCAACUUCAUUGGAGCAUUGAAGAUCCCGGGUGUGGUCGAGUUCUCCUUGUGUUUGCUCUUUGCCAAAUUAGUUAGUUACACCUUUCUCUUCUGGUUGCCUCUAUACAUUACCAACGCAGCCCAUUUAGAUGCCAGGAGGGCUGGAGACCUCUCCACACUCUUUGAUGUGGGAGGAAUUUUUGGUGGGAUUCUGGCAGGGGUUAUAUCUGACUCCCUGGGGAGGAGAGCGACCACCUGUGCAGUUAUGUUUCUACUUGCAGCCCCUACACUGUAUGGCUUCUCAAAGAUAAGUCAGUUUGGAAUGGGUCCCACUAUAGUUAUGCUUCUCAUAUGUGGAGGCCUGGUAAAUGGGCCGUAUGCACUGAUUACUACAGCAGUUUCUGCAGAUCUGGGCACUCACAAAAGCUUAAAGGGCAAUGCCCGAGCUCUCUCCACUGUUACAGCUAUCAUUGAUGGCACAGGAUCCGUGGGUGCUGCCCUGGGCCCUUUGCUAGCAGGUCUACUGUCACCCACUGGCUGGAAAAAUGUCUUCUACAUGCUUAUGGCAGCUGACGCAUUUGCUCUGCUGUUUUUGCUGCGUCUAGUUUCGAAAGAGUUAAGAACACCAGAAACAAAGAAUGGCACUUCAGUGGAGCUGAAAGAACACUGAGCACUUCUUCUUCGUCUCCAAAGAAUUGCCUCAGCAACAUGACCAAAACUUGUAAAAGUCUUGUUUUUAAAGAGACUUGUUAAAAAGCUUUAAAAAUUUGCUAUGUAAAUUCUAUUAAUAUGCAUAUAUUUGAAAGUUUCUCACAAUACAUUUUUUUAUAUGGAAUUAGAUUUAAGCAUGGGAGAAAGGGAGAUCAUGAAAAUAACUCUUCUAUUGUUAUUUAUUUAUUUUUAUCUGUGAUAUAUUUGUUUUGAUGUUAUAAAAGUGUAACAGAUUCAGCAUUGUGAAACUGUUCAUUGCACAUAUGGAUAGACCUGAGCCUGGUGGAUCUGUAUUCAGAGUUAUGCUGUUAACUCCACACUCUCCAAUCACCUCAGUAAAAAAACAAAAAUGAGAAGUCAGGAGCCAGUUUUACACAUCUUUUCCAGGAUGCUUCUAUUAAAAAAAAAAAGUUUCAGCUUG